AUGUACUUAGAAAAUUAAAGAUUUAUGAAUUUAGGCCCAGACAUCUCUGAGAAUAAAAAAUAGCUACCUGGCCCAGGAGCAUAUUCACCAGAGAAAAAAACUGUUGAAAAAUCUCCUCCUAAAUGGGUAAUUGGGAAAUCUUAAAGAAAGACUUUUGAUGUUGACAAAACUAAGCCCGGCCCAGGAUAAUAUAAUAUUCCAGAAAAAAUUGUUGAGGGACCAUAAUACAUAAUAGGAAUGAAAACUACUGCCUCUGAAAUGAUGAUUACUUCAAAAGAUGUUCCAGGUCCAGGAAUCUACUCGCCGAAAUCGGAUGCCUUCUCUACUAUAGCUUUUUCGUAAAUUUAUCAACUUUUUUAAUAUAAUAAUUCUAGUAUGGGAUUGAAAGGUAAAGGAAGCAUUACUCAUAGGGAGGGUCCAGGCCCAGGUACCUAUUAAAACAAAACUGUUUUUAGCUAAAUCUCAGGGCCUGCAACCUUUAACAAAUUUAAGAGAGUAGAUCCAGAAAAAGAUAUCACUCUCCCUGGAAGAAACGUCCCAGGACCAGGCUCAUAUUAGGGAAAUUAUAAGGUACUAACAAGAAACGAUCCUCAGCCAGUAUUCGGAUCCUCAAACAGAGAUAAGAACACUUUCUAUGACACUAAAACUAAAUUUAAUCCAGGCCCAGGAACAUAUGAGCUUAAGAAUAUUGUUGGAUCUGAGGGAAAAUCUAUUACUAUGAGCCCAAGAAGACCUGACACAUCGCCUUAAGUAUCUAAGGAUACCCCAGGCCCUGGAACUUAUGAUUAAGCUAAAUUCUAUAUGACUAUGAGACAUAAUGGUACAUGCAGGAUAGGUACCUCGAAAAGAAUCGGAAUCCCUAGCACUGAUAAAACUUUACCCGCUCCUAAUCAAUAUUCUAGUGAUACAUCAUUAAUUUUCAAAAAAGAUCCGAGACCAAUUUUUGGUAGCAGUGAGAGAUAAACCCUGGGGUAAUCAAAAAACAUUCCUGGCCCAGGAACUUAUCAGAUACCCUAGAAAGCCAUUGAGGGAAGAUAAUUCUCUCUUAGUGGAAGAUAUAGAUAGGAUAAGCCCGUUGAUAAUCCAGGUCCUGAUGCCUAUAAUUCUCUUAUAGCUGGUUUAAAUUAUAGAUAGAAAAAGUAGCCAUCAUUUGGUUUCGGGAAUGGACCCAAAACUGCUAGAGAUCUCAGUUCAAGAAGAAUAGUUCCAGGACCAGGCACUUAUGAUCCCAAAGAAAAUAGCAAUCUUGGUAUUACUUUUACUCAAACUCAAAGACUUAAAGUCAAGAUAGACGAAAAUCCAGGCCCUGGUACUUAUAAGGUACCAGUCAAGUUUGCUGAUGUCCCUAAAUAUCUGAUACCCUAACAAAACGAGUCUUUCAAGUUCGUAUGA